AUGGCCAAGUACUCUACAAUCCACCGGAAUACGGUUGCAAACAUCCUUCAGGGGCAGCUACGCAGGUUGGAGAGGCUUCGCGCCCGGGGGCUGGGGUGGACCACACCUCGGGGCGUCCUUUUCGUUGCCUCCUCAACCCCCCUGCCUGCACCGUCCGACGGCGAAGCUGAAGCCAAAGACCUCCUGGAUGAAGCGACGAGAGAGGACUUCCCGUGGCUGGGCGAUGAGCGCCACUUGCCCGACGUAGGCCAGUACGAAUCGUUUGAAGAGCUUUGGGACGACGUUCACUCAGAGCCCGAUCCCGACAUGCGGCUGACGGCGGAUGAUUUCGACUGCCGAGCUGCCGCGCUGUUUUGCCAGACGCGAAUACACCUGGAGAUGGAGCUGAACAGCUUCAUGGUGAGGGAGUUUGAGGGGGAGAAGCCCUUUGGUCCGACGGCGUCGUGGAAGCAGUCGUUCCCUGGACGGUUGGAAGUCCUGCUGAACCACGCGGAGUUGGAGUGCUGCACGAGACACCGGAGACUACUGGAAUCGUACGGGCUUUCUCGCCGGGGCACAUACCUCAUCGCCGUCACACACCUUGAAAGGCUACAAGACGACAUCGACGACACACGCAACCGGCUGGAGAGAAUCCACCACUCGAUAUCAUGCAUAGACACGGCCAAGGAAGAAGCGGUACGAGUGUGGAGAAGGAGUCGGACCAAUUCGGAAGGCGCGGCAAGCUUCAUGAGGAGCAGCGGCUUGGGCAGUCCGCUCGUCGAAAGCAGCACGCCGGACGAUGCUGAGUUUUCGCCCGACUGCUGGGAGGCGUGGGAAGCGCUGGCCAAGCCCGCUCGCAAGGUUCUAGUUCCCCAUGGUGUGGCGGCCUCUAGUAGGAGAGAAGGAGAAACAAGUGCGCCGAGCGCAAGCCAGACCGUGUGGUAG